AUGUACGACACGCAAAUCGGCAAGCGGGACGCAGAGCUCGACCUGAAGAGCGUGGAGAGGAAGCUUGCGUUCUGCGCGCUGUUCGGAGACGCGGAUGUCGUACUUGAUGGGUUUCGACCUGGUGCGCUGGAGAGGCUGGGUUUUGGAUUCGGUUUCGUGCAAAGUCUUGCGGUCAGACGGGGGAAAGGGGUUGUUUAUGCACGGGAGAAUACGUAUGGAGUGGCUGUCUUCUGUCAUUUUGUAUGUCUGGUGCUGGCGGGUAAGGUGAAGGGAGUGAGUUGGGCGCAGGGGAAGUUCCUUGGACUCGAUGAACCGGUUGUGCCGUUGUUACCGAAUUCGGAUUACCAAACGGGGAUCGUGGGCGCCAUCGCCAUCACACACGCGUUGUACCGGCGAGCUCACGAGGGUGGCUCGUACAACGUCGACACCUCACUCAACCAAUUCAACAACUGGUACCUAGACCUGGGUCUACAAGAUCCCGACACCGCAGCCACGAUUAAAGCGAAAGAUCCAGACUUCAUGGUCUGA